AAAUCCAACUUCUUUCGUGGGUUUAAGGCUGAAAAAACCCACAAGCCCUAAUUAUGUCGAAAGCCCUUUGAAGGAGGACGACUGAACGAUCAAGCAUUGGAAGAGGUGGUACUAGAUUUGUUGCUGUUUCGAUUACUGGGUAAUUUGCUAAUUGGAAGGUAUUGCUUAUCAGCAGAGCGAACGUUGUCAGGGGAGAGAUUUUUUGUGUCUGGGAAUGAACUUUUUUAUUUGACAGUGAAGAACAGGGAAGAGUACCUGGAGUGGAAGAAUUCGCGCGAAGUUGUAGUUUGAGGAUGUCUUUCGGGUGUUCCUUCGAACGAUACUUUUCUGUUAGUGCUGUGGCAAUCCUAGUCGUGGAGAAAAUUGAAUGAAGCUGUCUCUUGACCUUCUUUUGUUUCUUGCUGAAGAAGCGGCCAAUUAAUUAUGUUCCAUGAUUUGAGUCUGGGUGAGGUUGAAAUUGGCGGCAACACUCGCCGGGAACUGGUCACGACAGUUCUACAAUAUGGCUACACAUCAGUCGCCACGGAUUACGUGCAUAGUGGUCCGCUGGCGGAGACUGAUCGGUCAAGUAUUAAACCCUUAGAUGUCUCGGGCCUGCUUUCAGCAUCGUCGGGGAUUGCUGAGUCGGUGAAAUUUCAUCAAAAGCUGCUUGGUGUUCCCGCCGACCAGCCCUUCCGGCAGUACAGCCGGAUUACGGUGGUUGUAGAUGACUCAGCACAAGCUGCUGCAUUGAAUUCGGGAAACUCGGUCCUGCGGACUUACGACAUUGUUGCGGUUCGUCCCACUAACCAGAAAGUGUUCGAACAAGCCUGCAGAAACUCAGAGGUAUCAGUAGAGGUGAAGAAAGCUGGCCUUUGCAGUGGACUCAGUUUGAGGUGCUGGAUGCAGGUGGAUCUUAUCUCGGUAGAUUUGUUUCAGCGAGUCCCCUUCCGUAUGAAAGUUCCCAUGGUCAAAGCGGCCCUCCAGAGGGGUGUAUUUUUUGAGAUUUCGUAUGGACGUGCUCUGUUUGACGCCAGGGCUCGCAAAGAUCUUUUCUCAAACGCUCAGGUGUUGCAAGCAGCUACAAAAGGCAAAGGAAUAGUCAUAAGCAGCGGAGCCUCUCAAGCCAUGGAGCUUCGAGGACCGAAUGAUGUUGUAAACAUGGCUACACUCUUCGGGCUGUCAACGGAGUUUGCUAAAGCUGCCAUCUCAAAAAACUGCGAAUCAGUCAUUUUGCAUGGCGUAGCACGCAAGCAGGCACAUAAAGCAGCUAUUAUUUUGGAGCGUGUCCCUGCGGUGUCGAAGGAAUUUCUUUUUGCUGUGCCUAAUGUUUGGGACCCUCUCUCUGUUGGCACCGCCAAAGGGUCCUGUUUGAAUUUGAGCCCUUUUGUAGAUGCUGCUUGCAAAAGGGACAGCGUAGCUGAAUCUGCCACCAAACCUGAAAACAAUGAAAUGAAGCAGAAGCCAGGGUCCUGCACGAAACCUGAUGAAGGAAACCAGGUGGAAAACUUGAACCAAAAGGGUUCGAUUCUGUCGUCGACCUCUAAAGAUACAGAAGCGGCAUUCAUUCCAAUGGUCAAGUUAACCAGUGAAUGGACGGAGGUUGGUAAGAAGAAAGGUAAAAAAGCUAAAGAUAAGCGUCCGAAGGGAUCCCCUCAAGUCAAUAAAGAUACUAAGAAGCGAAAAUUCAACUGAUCUCUCUGGUUUAGCUCAGGAUAGGAACUUUCAUUGAAACGAUGUGUAUUGUUUCAGGAUUGCUUUCUAGUUAGACCGGCUACUACUUUUUCUGUGUUGUGUAUACGAGAUUGUGCUUCACCUCUGAUUCAAAUCACGUCCAAUUGAGAGAUUUCAAUUCUAGACCUAUUCGUUUUGGGCA